CAAACAGAAGAAAAUCGAGAAAAUUAUGGCUGUCGAAAAUUUAACGUUCCCAGAAGCUGUUCAAUUCAACAACAAUAAUCUUAUAAUAACUUGGCUGUUUUAAACGAAACUCAUAACACAGAUAAAAUGCAGGAAGCUUUGAGCUGUAUGACGGUUGAUGAUUUCAACAAUUUUUUGAAUGUUUACCAAUUAAUUACUAGCAUGGAUCCUCGAGUCGACCAGACUAUGAGUAAAGCUAGUGUAGAUCAAUUACUAUCUGGGGAACUUUUGAAUCAAAAACGUUUCGAUGAGGUGUACGAGUGUGUAGCUAAUGAAGUAGAAGAAACAGAAUCUACGACGAACGGCGAAGAAUUAAUGAAAGAUACGAUUGACGAUUGUAAAUUUUUGAAUUUUUACGAUCAUAUUGAUUAUUGGAAAAAACGCAUGCUACCAAUGAUAAAUAAAAUUGAAGAUCUAGCCCAAGAAAGUAAAAUGAUCGCACAGACAUUGACUACAGUUGGAGAUGUUUUAAAAUCUAAAGAAUCAACUUUUAAUGUUCCGUUAGAACAAAAAAAAAAAUGAAGCUCGUUACUCAUCAAAUAUCGGUAAAUAUAUCGAAACCGGGGAACAUCAAGUGCAUUUGUCGAAAACCUUUAAUCGUCAGGCAGCAACUGAUGACGAUGUUACCAAUACUAAUAAUCCAUUUGUACUUUUUGAUAAAUACUAUAAGCAAAUUCCAGAUAAAUUCGGAGAUGUAGAAACGAUGUUAACGUUGUCCCCAACACACGAGAAAAAUCCGAGAACACUGCUUACUCCUUCGAGUGCAUAUUUAAAAGUCAGACCUACAUCGGUUGUGGAUGAAUUAGAAGUCAAAACAUAUUUUAUAGACUGAAACAAACGUUUAUAAAUGUUUAAAAGCAAAUCAAUAAAGAAUAA